CUUGUGAUAGUCAUAAGAUCUAGCCAAGGAGAUUAAGGGAACAGAAACUCCACUAACUGCUGCACUAAAGAAAAUCUGCAAUCAUUGAACGUGAGCCAGGAAGUGUGGAUGACUAGCAAUGCCACGGCCUGACUCAUCACAUAACCUGGGGGCAUACAGCAGCUCAGGCAGAGGCUAUGCAUACAAAGUGCUAAGUGUGGAAGAGACAGCUGGCAUAGCUAUUCUUGCUAUCAUCAUUGCUGUAGUAUUUGUCAUUGGUUGCUGGUACUAUAAAAAACGAAGUGGCUAUAAAAUCCUCAAGAACCAACAUUUCAGCUCUGCUGCUAUCAGGUCUUUUCUUGGGGGAUCCAAUGAGAAUGCAGAAUGUAAGGUGCCAUUACAAGACUACAGUACAAUAAACUCUGCAGUACCUGGUGCCCCACCAGCCUACGAGAAAAUAUCAUCUCCGCCUCCACCAUAUAGCCCAUGAACCACAGAGUUAGACCACGGUCAUCUAACAAAUGCCAGAACUCAAAAGAAUAAAUGUCUUCACUCAUUUACUUUGCUUACAGACCCAUUAGCAGUAAAGAUCUGUGCCUGCUCCGAUCCCCUUAGUAGAUCCCCAUUGUCUUUUUUUCUGUUGAAUUGGUGCUGGUGCAGGAUAUAAUCCAGUGCACUGAUUGAUAAUUUGAUUCAUUCAUUUGCAUCACUCGAGAAAGCAAAAAACGUUUUACCUACUCUUAGAAUUAUCUAUAUAAACCAGGAUGCCUUUUGACUUCACCCUUAUAAGGCAUUCUUGUAGUGGGAACUGAAAUAGAUAAUUCUGAAUAUGUAAACAUUUUUUUCUUUUUUAGUUUAUGAAAAUAACAUCACUUGUCAUCUUAAUGAGAUUGGGGUGUGCAAUUAGUCAGCAUCGUUCUUCUUUCAACAACUUCAAUGCCCUGUACACUUUGAGAAUGUAUAGUAUCACUGACACUCAAAAUAUUCCCUAAAAUGACAGGGAUCCAGUGGUGUAACUACUGGGGGAGAAGGGGGUGCAAUUGGACCAGGGCCCGCCCCCCGGCAAAUCUUGCAAUGCUGCAGCCACUAAGAAAAUCAGCACAGAGGGGGGUGGGGGCGGCUGCACGGCCCGUACCUGGGCCUGGACCCGCCACCACCUAGUUACGUUACUGCAGGGAUCUGUAAUGGUAAAGUUAGAAGACACUGAUCAUUACUGGUAACUGGCUGCUUAAACACUGGUACAGUAAGUUUACAAUAUAAAGUACAGCAUUUCUAGCCUAAUCUUAUUUGGGCUUUAAACAUUUACUACAUUGCCAUUUGCAUAAUUUUUCACUCUGCGAUUUUCAUCACAAUAAACACCUUGUUAAAUGUU